AUGCUGACAAGCCAGGCUGCCUUGAAGCACGUGGGCAAGAUCGAGCGUAUCCACCUUGUGAGGGAAGCAGGAGAGGGCAGUGCCUGCAAGGGCUUUGGUUUCGUGACCUUCUCAACGCCAGAGGAGGCUGAGGCUGCGUGCGACUUGAGCGAGUUGCUCGAGUGCGGCGGUCGGAAAAUUACCAUCAACAUAAGUCGGCCGAAAUCGAAGCCUGAUGGUCCCAGGAAGAAGAAAAGAGAAAUCCAGAUUGUCGUGGAGCCUCAUGCCGACUGCUGGUUCUGCCUUGUAAACCCAAAGGUAGAGAAGCACAUGAUAGUCUCGGCCAGCACAGAAGUGUACAUCGCCACCGCGAGAGGGCCAGUGAACCCAUAUCACGUGCAGGUAUUGCCUGUGAAGCAUGCGCCGUGCUUUGCGGCUUGCCCACCUGAUUUACAGAAGGCGAUGAAGGUGCAAAUGCUCGCGCUGCAAAAGAUGUUCGCUGAUGCAGGUCAGGAAUGCCUGAUCUGGGAGAGAUGGAUACCGAUGGGCACGUCAGCUGCAAAUCACAUGCAGAUACAGGUGCUGCCCAUCGACAAGUCACGUUGCGGGGCUGAAGCCAGGGAAGCUCUGGAGGCCGCUACGAAGCAGCACCUCGCCGGCGCAACCUUCAAGCGGAUACAGAGCCAUGAAGAUGUGGCUGACAAUCUCAACGAUGAUCCAACCACUCCCUACAUCUACUUCGAAAUUCCUGGCGAUCUUAGUGCCAGAGGUCGACAGGUCGAGCGGUUUCUUUAUGCCGCUGUGCCGAAUGGAGGCGGUCCGCGGAUACCGAUUAACUUCGGUCGCCAGGUUGCCUGCAAUCUUCUCGGCUGCGAGGAUAAGGUCGAUUGGCGACAGUGCCAGGAUUCGAAAGAAGGGGAGAAGAAGCUGGCAAUCACCCUCCGAGAGAUCUUCAAACCUUUCCAAGUGAAAGGGAAGUGA